AGAUAAUCCCUCCAAAACAGCAGGUGGCGCUAAACGAAGUCAAGGUCGUUUUUGGAAUUCCGGAUACACGAACAAGAAGUCUGUCGCGUUCACAUGCUGACUUUUAUGAAGACCCUUCGAGGGUAGCAAAUAUCAACAAGCUAGAUAAUUCUAAUGCAUGAGUCUGAGGGUUUGACCUUCGUAAACACAGUCGGCAUUGCAUUGUUUGCUCUGAUUAUUUUGUAUCACUGGAUAACAGUAUCGAAUGGAUAUUGGCUGAAUCAGUGAAUGUUGACGAAAACGCAUAUGACGCGAGGCCUAGACGUGGCAUCCACAGCCAAGGAAGGCGGCUGGUGUUUUCUUGGACAUCCAAAUCCAAGUGGAUUUCUCCAGACAUAGAAUAGUUCACCAAGGUCGUAAGAAAAGGGUUAUUUACUUUUUUUGUUUGUUUAUAUAAACAUCAACUCUGCUGCCAUGUGAUGUUUUGUAUAUGAUUCUGGCCCUUAUCUACAUUUUUUACUUUGUGUAGACAUACAGAAUGUGCUAAUGACAAAAUGAGAAUACAGAAAACUGUUGUCAGAGUGGUAAAUCUUGGACUCAUUCCCUAUGCAAGUGCUUUAAGGGUUCAACAACAACAUAUUAAAAAACAUCUGGACACUUCAUCAAAAUAUUCAAACACUUUGUUGCUCUGUGAGCACCAGCCUGUAUACACUGUUGGAAUUCGGCAAGCGCUCUAUUCUGCGGAGGAGGAAGAGAGAUUAAAGAGUCUUGGUGCCGAGUUUUUUCGUACUAACCGUGGUGGGCUCAUAACUUUUCAUGGGCCUGGCCAAUUGGUAUGCUAUCCCAUCCUUAAUCUUAAUUUUUUUAAGAAGAGUGUUCGCUGGUAUGUUUGCCAGCUUGAGAGGACCGUGAUCAGUUUGUGUGACAAAUUUGGAAUCGAAGCUGCCUCUUCUCCAGACACAGGCGUGUGGGUUAGUGAGAAUAAGAUUUGCGCUAUUGGUAUCCAUUGUGGGCUCUACAUCACAUCACACGGCUUGGCUUUGAACUGCAACACAGACAUGCGAUGGUUUGAAAAUAUUGUGCCUUGUGGGAUUGUGGGUAAAGGAGUCACCUCUUUGAGCCAAGAACUGAGGAGAGAAGUCAGUGUUCCAGAAGCAGUGUCACCGCUGCUAGAAGCCUUUUCUGAGCAUUUUCACUGUAACCUGUCGCUGGAAGAUUCGGAAAACAACAAAAUUUAAAAUCGCGCAAGAUUAGUAGAUAAGUAGAGUGGUGGAUAGAACUUGUUCCAAUAUUUUUAGUUUGUGAACACAUUUCUGGAAAACUUUUUGUCUGGUUUAUAAUUUAUAAAAUAUCACAUAUUCCUCAUUGUUUUAUAUAAAUCAAUGUCCCAAAAUAAACUCAACUGUCUUGUCAGUAUAGCGGGGAAUAUGGAGUGCUAUGCAAGUUACUGGAAUUGUUUUUGUUAUGAACAAUAAUGCUGCAUUCUUUUUGAGGAAUUAUUUAGAAAAUGUUAUUUAUCAAAGCUAAUUAUUUAAAAAAAAUAUAUAUCAGUAUUAUAUUGAAUUAUAUUGAAACUGCUGUGCAACCGCUGUGACCGACUGCGACCUAUAUGUUUGUGUAAGUGCUAUCACUUCAGUCCUCAAUUUUCUGAUUUUAUCAAACUAAUUAAAAUACAGAAAAAUCUCAAAAUAGCGUAUUUGGUUAAAAAUCAUGUAUAUUUGAACUUGGCUGUUGAUAAUUUGCUGUAGCUUUUGGUGCUAAUCUUAUCUGACCUGCAUGAUUCUAAAAUGUCACGCAGGAGUGGUGUAUGUUUGUAUAUGACCUUACUCACACACCUGAAUCAUAAAAUGCCAUAAUAUUGUUUCAUUUUAGUUGGUGAAGUGUGGCUUUCACACCUAAGUGAUAUCAUCAUCAUUUCACCGACAUCAAAUUUUAUUUAACUGUCAAAUUGCUGCUAAGUGGUGCUCACAUUGAAUUAGUUCAUGUAAAUAAACAAGGUUUGCAUUA